ACACCGAUGACUCACAGGAUUAGUGGGUGUCUUUGCGCUGCCCAAUUUCACUCCCACUGUUGUCGAGUUAGCGGAGUGCAGCGAUAGCAGCAAAGCCGAUGCUGUUGGGACGCUGUUUAUGCAUUUGCUGACAACAUGGAUUUCAACGUAAAAAAACUUGCCUCUGAUGCAGGAGUAUUUUUCACACGCGCCGUGCAGUUCACGGAGGAGAAGCUGGGCCAGGCAGAGAAGACCGAGUUGGACGCCCACUUCGAGAACCUGCUCACCCGGGCCGACUGCACCAAAAACUGGACCGAGAAGAUCUUUCGGCAGACCGAGGUUCUGCUGCAGCCCAAUCCAAUUGAUCACACUGGUGCCCGCAUCGAGGAGUUCCUCUAUGAAAAGCUGGACAGGAAGAUCCCGUCCCGGACCACCAACGGUGAGCUCCUGGGCCAGUACAUGCUGGAGGCGGCCAAGGACUUUGGACCCGGAACCCCGUACGGAAGCACCCUGAUCAAGGUUGGGGAGUGCCAGCGGCGGCUCGGCGGGGCGGAGCGGGAGUUCAUGCAGACCUCUGCCCUCAACUUCCUCACCCCACUGCGCAACUUCCUGGAGGGUGACUGGAGGACCAUCUCUAAAGAGAGGCGUCUCCUGGAGAACCGCCGGCUGGACCUGGACGCCUGCAAAACCCGUUUAAAGAAAGCCAAGGCGGCCGAGGCCAAAGCUGCGUGUGAGGGAGAAGCCGUGCCCAAUUUUCAGGAGACUAGGCCGCGUAAUUACGUUCUGUCUGCCAGUGCAUCUGCGCUCUGGAGUGAGGAGGUGGACAAAGCGGAGCAUGAACUGCGUGUGGCGCAGACAGAGUUUGACCGGCAGGCGGAGGUCACACGGCUCCUACUGGAGGGUAUCAGCAGCACACACGUAAACCAUCUACGUUGUCUGCAUGAGUUUGUGGAGGCCCAGGCCAUCUACUACAGACAGUGCCACCAAUAUAUGCAGGACCUGCAGAAGGAGCUGGGCAGUUCUAAUGGAGAUGUGUACCCCAACGCGUUCACUGUGAGCCCCGCCCCCUCCUCCAGCGUCUCUGUGGCGACGGCGGCCACGCUGCCCGUGGCACCUAUCGGGGGGGCGGGCUCCGCCAAUGCCUCGGACGCCGACACGCUGAAGAUCGAGGAGGUGCAGCCCCCGGCUACCGGCACACGCAAGGCCAAGGUCCUGUACGACUACGACGCUGCCGACACCAGCGAGAUGUCACUGCUGGCAGACGAGCUCAUCACGGUGUACACUGUACCAGGCAUGGAUCCUGACUGGCUGAUUGGAGAGAGGGGGAAUCAGAAGGGGAAGGUGCCAGUCACAUACCUGGAGUUGCUCAGCUAAAGAGGACAGACAGACAGACAGAUCAGUGAUAUGAUGGACAAAGCCACUCACUGAUACACUGCACCAUACACUCCCUCACCCUAGAUCUUAUAGUACAUUUCCUCAAGUUACACUCACCCACACCGUAUACAUCAAUACAUACGCACACACACUCACAUAUACUAUAUACAGAAAUGCGUAUACACAGACGCGCACAUACACAUACCGCACACAGAAGGGCAUACACACACACACACACACACACACACACACACACACACACACAAGGUCAACAAGAAAUAAACAAUGCUGAAAGCAAGAUGCAGAUGUACACCAGAGACAACAGGGAACAGCCACAACAAUUAAAAACCAUAAAUAAUAAUAAUAAAAAAAACAAAAUAUAUAUAAGGUGUUUACAUACCCAGACGCUUUCUGUGGUUUGAUUUAAUUUGGGCUGUUUUGAUUUGUUCCAAGGUCAAGGUCAGGAUAAGUAGAGGCCAAACUCUACUUAUGCUGUGCUACUAGUGCUGAGUGCAUUUCCCGGCCUCUGUGUGGUCGUUCUGAGGUCAGGUCCUCCCUGAUGCCAGCUGUCAUUUACCCGAAAGCCACACAGCCUACCCUGUCUUUCACUGUGGUCUGGCAGGAGUACCAUCCGUAUGGCUCAGCUUCCAGGAAAUGCAUGCCUGGUAAUGUGUUUUCUGUUGCGGUUUUUUAGCGUUUAAUUUGUACCUUGGCCCUCGCUCCCCUUCACAGGGAGGAUUCCCGCAGCUGUAAAUUCUCAGCUGCUGUCCCGUAUCUCUUCACUGCCUUAAUGCAACAGGAGAGGAUUGUACGAACAUUCAGUGAUCACACAGAGCGUAGAACUUCACUCCCCCCCUCACCCAAACCAAGAGGUCGCCGCUCCCCUCUUCCAGCGGUCGCCGGCGUAGCUGUGACCCGAAACAGUGAGUCAGUGUAUCGGCGGAAACCCGUCAGGGGGCGUAGUACCGCUUCAGUGGGCGGUGCCCGCCAUGGCGGUGGCGGAGCCAGCGCACGUGUGUGACAGGAACCUGGUUGGACCGUUUGACCUCAGACCAGCCCAGCAGUCGGAAGCCUUCUCUCAUUGUUGAACAAGACCCAACCUUGACCGGCCAUUUUUAUGGGGUUCAACACCAAACUGUGUGCUUUACACUACCCCCUUCCCCAGCCCCCUCCCUUAGUUUCCUGAGUGCUCGCAAAGCUUGAUGGCAGUUCAGAUGUGUCGGGGGUACCGCGUUAACUGCUACUGCACAAGAUACGAAGGAGUAGGCUGUGUUAACAAGGGUGUGCAAUACACAGUCUACAAUAUGUGGAUGAAGCCAUACUGAGGAGCAAAAAAUGGUGAAUUUGACCUAUUUUGUUUUUUUUUUUUUUUUUUUUUGGAAAAAAGUGUAGGGUGGACCUUUUGGCUGUGGCUUUUUAGGGCGAAUUCCAGUGGGGAGUUGAAAAUUUUGGCACACUGUUUGAGGAGUCACCAUGGCUUCUGCUGAUAUUGGCCAUGUGAGCUAAUGAUUUCUGGAAAAGCUUUUCUGCUUUUAGUCAUUCCUGGAAGAAAAGUAGUAGUGAUAGUACAUUUGAACACACCCCCUAGAUUCAUAAUAUUUGUCAUAACACACACAUGGAGACACUCUUUUGGGAUCUGAAGGCCCAGAAGAGUAAACUUGCUGAUGGACUUCUGUGAAUGAACCUUUGUGAACGAAUGUAAACACGAUUAAGUAAAUGGAGGAAGUGGAGUCAAUGUAGGCAUGCUUACCUGUAUAUUAACUUUUUAUUUAAGGUUCUGAUGUGUGUACAUUGACAGGCAGCCUAUUUAAGUAUAUUGUGAGAUGUUAUAUGUAUGUUUCUGUUUUGGCCUGCUGCGGUUUGGUUGUACCCACACAUUCCUCUGGCUCACUGUAUUCCUCCAUUGUUUUCGGUCGUUCCGUUUUUCUCACCUCACCUC